GGCGGAAGCGGAAGAGGACCCACUGUCCGGGGUUGCCCUCAGCUAAGGUUUUAGUUGUGCAAUGCGAGAUACUGAUUAAAUCUCAGAGCCUUAUCUGCCUGCAGAGUGGGCGAGGGGACCCCUGCAAGUGUAGGAAGCAGGAAGUUCGCUCCCCAAAGAAAAGAGCUGCAUGACAGAAUUGUACAGGGUCGCUAGAGGUCGGUCUCGGUCCGCGCCAGUCUCCAGGCCAUGGCGCAAGAGGAUCCCUGAGUGAUCCCCAGGAGCUGAUUGAUGAGGAAACAUGCCUUGCACGUGUACUUGGAGGAACUGGAGACAGUGGAUUCGACCCUUAGCUGUGGUCAUCUACCUGGUGUGCAUAGUCGUUGCAGUUCCCCUGUGCGUGUGGGAAUUACAGAAAUUGGAGGUUGGAAUACACACCAAGGCUUGGUUUAUUGCUGGAAUCUUUUUGCUGUUGACUAUACCUAUAUCGCUGUGGGGAAUCCUACAACACCUCGUGCAUUACACCCAACCUGAACUACAAAAACCAAUCAUAAGAGUUCUUUGGAUGGUACCCAUAUACAGUUUAGAUAGUUGGGUAGCUUUGAAAUAUCCCAGGAUUGCAAUAUAUGUGGAUACCUGCAGAGAAUGCUAUGAAGCUUAUGUCAUUUACAACUUUAUGAUAUUCCUUACCAAUUAUCUAACUAAUCGAUAUCCAAAUCUGGUAUUAAUCCUUGAAGCCAAAGAUCCACAGAAACAUUUCCCUCCUUUAUGUUGCUGUCCACCAUGGGCUAUGGGAGAGGUGUUGCUAUUUAGAUGUAAACUGGGUGUGCUGCAGUACACAGUUGUCAGACCUGUCACCACCAUCGUUGCUUUAAUCUGUGAGCUGCUUGGUAUAUACGAUGAAGGAAAUUUUAGCUUUUCAAAUGCUUGGACUUACUUGGUUAUAAUAAACAAUAUGUCACAAUUGUUCGCCAUGUAUUGCCUCCUGUUAUUUUACAAAGUUCUCAAAGAAGAGCUGAAACCGAUCCACCCUGUUGGCAAAUUUUUGUGUGUAAAAUUGGUAGUUUUUGUUUCUUUUUGGCAAGCAGUCGCCAUUGCUCUACUGGUAAAAGUCGGCGUUAUUUCUGAGAAGCAUACAUGGGAGUGGCAAACUGUAGAAGAGGUGGCCACGGGACUCCAGGACUUUAUUAUCUGUAUUGAGAUGUUUUUGGCGGCAGUUGCCCAUCAUUACACCUUUUCCUAUAAACCAUAUGUUCAAGAAGCAGAAGAGGGCUCGUGCUUUGAUUCCUUUCUGGCCAUGUGGGACGUUUCAGAUAUUGCAGAUGAUAUUUCUGAACAAGUAAGGAAUGUUGGACGGACAGUCAGGGGACAUGCUAGGAAGAAAUUUUUUCCAGAGGAUCAAGAUCAAAAUGAACAUACAAGCUUACUAUCAUCAUCAUCACAAGAUGCAAUUUCCAUUGCUUCUUCUAUGCCACCUUCACCCAUGGGUCACUACCAAGGGUUUGGACACACCGUGACUCCUCAGAGUACACAUACUACAGCUAAUAUACCUGAUGUAAUACUAAAUGACACUACAGAAGAGAAAAAAGCGUGUUCAGAUAAACCUAUGGACUCCUAAACAAUGUGCAGAAGCAGACUGCUAUAUCCAUGUUAUUUCAUCACCUGGAAUCCCAUGGAUCAGAAGACUAUGCUUGGGACAAGCCAUAAUGAUGGAAAAUUUCAAAACAGAGACAGGUAAAAAGCCAGAUAAAACCAAUGGAUGUUGUAUAUCAUAAAUAAUAAAUUCAAAUUUCCUAGACUUAGGCUUGAUUCCUUAACAUUAGAGUGUUGCAUACCGAGAUGGUAGAAAAUGAAUCCAACUAAAAUGCUUCUGAUGCUACAUUUCUUUAUCAAGAGAAUGGAUAUAAAACUUCCUCCCACUGCUGCAUGAUUGUAAUGCUCUGGACAGAAAGCAUAAUUCAGAUAUGUGAGCUAGUGGAACUUAAUCAUGUGCCAUAUAAGCUUACCUAACAUUUCUCUGUUUCUUAACUGGAUACUGGAUGUCUUUCAAUAAAUAAGAAUUUAUCACUUA